AUGGCAGAAAUGGAAUCUAAAUAAAAUAUUAAACCUGCUAUGUUAAAUAUGAAAAACUUCUAAAUUGCUGUGGGUGCCACUUUAAUUCUGUAACCAUUAGAAGUUCUAUAAACAUCAAUGAUUGCAACUGGAUACUCUAAACAUAAUAUUAAUUUCAAAGGGUUAUCUUUGAUUGGCUCCUAAAUUUAUAAAUAAGAAGGUCUAAGAGGUUUUUAUAGGGGGACCAUUUUAUCAAUAGCCAAAAAUACUGUUUCUUUUUCAUUUUUUUUUUCAGGCAUAGAAAAAUAUAGGUAAAGUUUUAAAAUUAUAAAGAGUCCUCCUGCCCAUUAUCCAGUCUACCUUUAAAGUAUUCUUAAUUUAAUGAUUGCCUCAACUAGUAAAUUAGCGGGAACUAUAGCUUCAACACCAUUAGCUGUAAUGAGAACAAAAAUGCAAAUUAUUGGUAAUAAUGAAUACAGAAAGAUUGAUAAAUGUUUCAUCAAGAUUGCAAGAGAAGAAGGUUUUUUUGGGUUUUAUAGAGUAUAAAUUUAUUGUUAUUGAAGGGUGUUUUUGCUGCAAUUUUAAAAGAUGUACCUUUCUCUGGAAUUUAAUAUACAAUUUAUAGAAAUUUAUUAAAUUUUAGUGGUAUAUUCACAAAAGGUUAAGAUCCAAAAACAAACUCAAUUGUAGUAGCAAUUUGUGGAUCAAGUGCAGCAGUUCUAGCUAUUUUGGUUACAUACCCAUUUGAUAAUUUAAGAAUAAGAUAGUAAGCAUAAAACAAAAGUGUAAUAUCUUAAUUUAUAAUAGAGUAAUUUAUUAACAUUGGCAAGAACUAUAUAAUCAACUGAAGGUCUCAAAGGGUUUUAUUAAGGUUAUUUACCUAGAUUAAUUAAAAAAUGCAUAUAAAGCGGAGUACUAUGGAUGGUAUAUGAAAAACUAGCAUUAAAAUAAAGAAAAAAAAACACUGAAUAAUGA